AUGGGUAACAACUUUCUUUCGCGUAUUUCGACCUUCCUCAUCUUCUCCAUGUGCGUCACCUUCGUUCGUCUCCAACAGAUCCCGGUCAGCUCAAUUCUUUGCUUUCAAAAUCACUGAACGUCAAGAAGUCUGAACAACUUUUUGCUCUUCUUCAGAACAACUAAGGAAGAAGAAUUGCAGCUUCUGAACGUUUUUUUUUGGACUACACGAAUUUCUUAUUCUUUUUUUGAAAUUUUUAGCAAAUGAACGAUAUGAUUUCUUCAGAUUAAAAAAAACAUUCCAUUCGAAAUUCGAAAGAUUUCAAGAAGAAAGUUUUCUUUUCUCAUUUUGUUCUUGAGAUAAGACAUUCAAAAAUUCUAUAAUGUCAUUUCAGACAGGAAAGCCCUGUCUGGCGUCGUUUCACUGCUGGCGGACAGAGCCCGUAGGCAAAUUUGGAUUGCCAGUUGGCCUCGAUGGUUCGUUCAUUCCCAUUAUUCUACUUCUAAUCUUCAAUUUUUAACUUUUUUUUUUGAAGAUUUCGAGUAAUUUCAGCGUCGUUACGUGCAAAGCGCUUGGAUAUUUCUUCUUCGUUAUCGAGCAAAGGAGGUCAGAUUUUUGCACAAAAAAACUUGACUAGAAAAACUCAAAAAAACAACUUUAGCACUCCAACUUGAACUCAAUUAAUUUAUAUGUAGAUAUAUUUUUUUACACGUAUUUUAUCAAAUAGAAGUUUACUCAAACUUGGUAUAUGGUCUUUUUCGCGAAAAAAAAACAGGACAUGCCUACGCGAUAUUAAAACUUUAAACUAAAUUUUCGAGCAACGAAAAAAGUCACAAAGAAGUUGUAAAAUUUGCAGGGAUGUGCAGAUGCUCCGAUGGCACCUGCAAGCUUUUUGAUGUGUCGUCGGCGACAUUUUUUGAUUGUGAAGAAUUCUGA